AAUCAUCCCAUCCUCCGCUUGUGAGCAAAAGGUACCGCUGCUUGGAUCCAUUUUCUCCUCGGAUGUAACCGGAUAAAAUGCUGAAGUUCUUCUCUGCGCGGGAUGACGAGAACGAAAGCCUUCUGGGAGCACUAACUGAGGAUGAAGGAGACAAUCCGUCUCUGCAGGACACCAAGCAGCACUGGCUCAACAGGCCCUGCCUUCUGGUGCUCAAAGACGGGGAUGUGUCGAAACCAGGACAAAUCAGAGCAGAAUCUCCGUCCAAAGCCGCCUCGGAUGCAACAAUCAGAAGCACAUGUGAGCAGAAACCGUAUGAGUUUCCCACCAAAACAGCUUCACACUCCCAGCUGGAGGAAGGCAGCUGCACUGUGACCGCCAUCUCCACAUGGGGUGAGCGGGAGGCGUCCUCCAGCCCUCUGGUGCUGAGCCCUGCAGAGGCAGCCUGGCCUGAGGAUGAGGAGAAGCCCCAGGUUCUCCCAUCGAAGGAGGACUCGGUGAUUGAGGAGAAGGAGGUGGAGGAAAGUGAGCAGCAAGAGCAAACCCGCAGCUCAGAGGCGACUGCAGCACCUUCAUCUGAGGAGACCUGUGGAAAGGAGCUGCAGAGCCAGGUGAAGAUGACCAGACCUAAUGGAGGAGAUGAAACCAGCAAGGCCCAGGCAGCCAGUGGAGGAGGAGCGAUGGCCGAGUGUGCAGCUUCUCCUGUGGAUCCUGAUAAUGAGAGCAGCCCCGUCGGCAUCCUGUCCAAGGAUCGAGGCUCCGUCCUGGGGGAUGUCGCUCCGGUGUGGGUCCCAGAUGCUGAAGCUCAGGUCUGCAUGAAGUGUGGAGUGAAGUUCACGUUCACCAAGAGGAGGCACCACUGCCGCGCAUGUGGGAAGGUUUUUUGUGCACUUUGCUCCAAUCUGAAGUUCAGACUUACACAUCUGGAUGGCAAGGAGGGACGGGUUUGUGUUUCCUGUCAUUCAACCCUCAUCAAAAGGACGCCUCCAAGGGGGAAAAGGAGGGUGUGGUUUGCAGAUGAAAUCCUCGCCAAUAAGCAGUCAGAGUCUGCUCCGACCACGCCGGUGAGGGGGCCAACGUUCUCCCCGCUGAUGAGGCGGGCGCUGGGAGGGCCGCGUAGAAGUCCUGUGGUUUCACCUCAGCUCAGAAGAACCUCGAGACCACAUGGGACAUCCAUCAGCGAGGCCUGUGGUCCUUAUGGUUGGGGAACCACAGCUUUAGUGAGUAGCUCUGCCAACCUCAUCCCCCUGGAUGGCCUCCCACCCAUCCUCACCUCCACAGGAGUCAAAGGAGAUUACACUGUGGAGGAGCAGCCGUCUGAGAUGCUGCUUAUUCAGGAGCUGGAGAGCGGCAGACCCAAACCUCUGGUGUUUGUCCUCAAUGCCAACCUGCUAGCUAUGGUCAAACUGGUCAACUAUGUUAACAGGAAGUGCUGGUGCGUGACAACAAAGGGGAUGCACGCCGUGGGGCAGGUGGAGGUGGUGGUGCUGCUGCAGUGCCUCCCCGAAGAGAAAAGCUUCCCCAAAGACAUCUUCAGCCACUUCAUCCAGUUGUACAGGGACACACUGACAGGGAAGGUUGUGAAACACUUGUCACUGUCCCUGUUUGGCAGCAGAUUCUUAGGCAGCGAGGAGCAUGCAGGCUUCCUGUACGUUCGCUCCACUCUGCAGUCGCUUCAAGGUCUACCUCUGCCCAACCAGCCCUACCUCUUUGGCCUGCUGGUGCACAGAGCGGAGGUGGCCUGGGCCAAAACUUUUCCCCUGCGCCUCAUGCUGCGACUCGGGGCUGAGUACAGAUUCUACCCGUGUCCCCUGUACAGUGUGCGUUUUAGGAAGCCCUUGUUUGGGGAAAUAGGUCACACCAUCAUGAGACUGCUAGUGGAUUUUAGGAAUUACCGUUACAGCCUUCCAAUGGUGCUGGGACUCACUGUGGAUCUAGAAGCUCAGAGAACCCUCAUAAAGAUACCGACCACUGGGUAUAACGAGCUAAUGAAGGCUCUGAAUAAGUCCAAUGAGCAUGUGCUGGCCAUCGGGGCGUGUUUCAAUGAGACUGCAGACUCCCACCUCAUCUGUGUGCAGGCAGACGAUGGCCAGUAUCAGACACAAGCCAUCAGCAUCCACAAUCAGCCACGCAAAGUGACCGGAUCCUGCUUUUUUAUAUUCAGUAGUGCUCUGAAGGCCUCUGCAGGAUACCUGGCCAAGUCCAGCAUCGUAGAAGCCUGUUUGUCUAGGCGUGUCGGUGCAUAUGUGUGUGUGUGUGUGUGUGUGUGUGUGUGUGUGUCUGUUUGUGUGUUCCUCCUGUAUCGCUGUCCCCUCUCCGCAGACGGCCUCAUGGUGCAGAUCACCGUGGAAACCAUGGCGGAGCUCCGCCGGUCGCUACGGGAGAUGAAAGACUACACCGUCACCUGCGGACGGCUCGACCAAUCAGAGAGCCAGGAGCUUGUUUGCGUGCAGUGGGUGGAGGAGAAGUGCACCGUGAAUAAAGGUGUCAUAAGUCCCAUCGAUGGGAAGUCUAUGGAGUCUAUCAUCAGUACCAAGAUGUUUCAGAAAUCGGAAUACAAAGAAAAUGGGAAGAUCAUCCGCUGGACAGAAGUGUUCUUCCUGCAGAGGGCUGAUCAUCCCAAAGGAGCAGCGACUGACUCUGCUGAACACAACCGGCUGACGGAGCGCAUCGCCCGGGCGUUUUGCUUGGCGCUGUGUCCUCACCUGAAGCUGCUGAAAGAGGACGGGAUGGCCAAACUGGGGCUGCGUGUCACAUUCGACUCUCAAGAGGUGGGAUUUGUGGCUGGCAGCAACGGGCAGCCGCUCCCAGCUCAGUACCUCAACGCCCUGGACAGCGUGCUGAUCCCCGUCAUCCACAGCAGGGGACGCAAGAGGGGCGACGAGUCCAUAGUGAUGGAGCUCAUCUUCUACAUCCUGGAGAACAUCACUUAGAGAACCCAAGCUCCAGUUUCAUCCUGACCACUGCUCCGUCUCCAGCACUCCUCAUCAGUGAGGUUACAGGCCAAUAAAAGCAUUCCAAGGGCAAACCAGAACCCAUCCGAGGUCUGCAUCCAUCUCAUCCAUCCACCACUAGAGAGAAACGGUCAGACUCUUAUUGGCUUUCUGAUCUACCCGGCCGCAGACAAUCUGCAUGAAACGUACGACGGACCACGAGAUCAGCGUGCAGCUCUUUGCACUGUAGUAGCAACUUCAUAGCUUGUUUAUCAUCCACGUCACAAUGUUCAAUACCUGUUCCUAUACAGAGAAUACCUUUAAAGUGGGCGCUGGCUUCAGCCCCACGACCUUAAAGCAAAGAGAAAAAGAGAAUGACUUGAAGUGCUGUAUGUAGUAGACCUGUAGUGAUUUGAUGCACACUGAACGAAUGCCUGAAGAAUGUUUUCAUACUGGAUGUAUUUUAAUCGACUGCUCAUGAAAUGUAAUGUCAGCUUGGAAUUAAACUUGCAGCAAUGACUGAG